AUGAAGACAAUGAAGCACGUAACCGAAGAAGUAACACCUAUUCGUUUAAGAAUAAACGGAGAAAAAGUGUUCAAUAAAUUUAUCGCUUGGUUAUUUUUUCGCAUGUUCAGAAGAGAAAAAAGAUUAACAGAUUAUCCGAGGUUGAAACUCGCACUUCUUUUUAAAGCGGAACUUGAAAACGUAACCGACGUUGUUCCAGGUUAUGACGACUAUGAAUGGCAUUUUAAGGUAAAAUGUACGAGUUGUAAUGAAGUCAAUAACAACUGGGUUGGAGUAAACCGACUUGAUCAAAAUGAGAUACCAGGGUCGAGAGGAAGUGCGAAUCUUGUAAUGCGUUGUAAAUUCUGCAAACGCGAAAGUUCGGCACAAUUUGACACGUCUCCGGUUACGCCUUAUACAAUUGAGAAUAGUGGAAAGUUUGCUCAAAUGACAACUAUUGAAUGUAGAGGAUUGGAAUUUAUUGAUUUUGAACCAAGAGCAACUGUUGGUACUGAUUCAGGAACCAAAUUCGAAGAUAUUGAUCUUACAGAUGGCGAUUGGGCUGAAUAUGAUGAAAAGGGUGGAAUCCCCGUUGGAAUAUCGGAAGUACAGGCAGAAUUUAAACGCGUUUAA